GAGAGAGAGAGAGAGAGAGAGCGCGAUAUAUCGGACAUGACGUCGUUCAGUGGGAAUGACAGUUGACACAAGAGUUGUCUCUCGAGAGGAGUGCCAGUCGGCGGCGUCGCCGGUGCUUGCCAUUGUCGACUCGGAGGGCCUUCCGCAAGAGGCGGCGGCUACAGCCAACGAAACCAAGGCCGAUCAACGCCAGCGUCAACAGGGACAGCGUCAACAGUCACUGACGACCUCGGAGUCGCUCGGGUCGCGCAACGUUUGUAGGAUAUGUCAUAUGGAUUCCUGGCCCAAGGAUUCCCUUAUUUCCCCCUGUAGAUGCAAGGGAACUCUGGCUCACGUGCACCUAUCGUGCCUGGAGCGAUGGCUGAACCAAUCCUCCCGUAACUACUGCGAGCUCUGCAACUUUCGCUACAACGCACUCGAGACGCCGCGUUAUAGAUGGUUUGAAGCGCUUAGAAUCUGGAUAAACCAUCCUCGUAAUCGCAGAAAUAUCCGAGCGGAUAUUUUGAUAUUUACCUUUCUGACCGUAUUCACUGCAGGACUGUCUAGCGUUUGUUUACUAGGAUCACAUUAUUUAUUUCCGAAAAAGGCUAGAGUCGGCUUUUCUGAAGCUUGGACAAAAGGAGCAAUCACCCUUUUCAUGAUAAUUGUCAUCUUGGGAUACCUUACGUCGAUUUAUCUUCUCAUAAGGAACCAAGCAACGCCCUGGUAUCGCUGGUGGCGCGGUGCCGUGAACAUUCGACUACUCCUCGACUCUUCGACUUUGGCUCCUUCGGAGGUGGAAAUGCAGCAGCACGAGAGAAACGAUUUGGACGAUGAGCAUCGAUAGCACGUGAGCUAACUGCUACUGAAGCUAUUCUCUUGCGCUACGAG